AUGAUUUCUGCAUUCUGGCAGUUGGUCCUGGCAACCCCUCCAUGUCUCAACAAGAAGCUCGUUCAAAACGAGACUCUUCAAUUUGGAGACACAAUGGUUGAUCUGAGAGACAAGACUCAACCUAUUCAGAUGGAGACAUUGAGUCAAUCUCUGGCACGAACUUUCGACCUCAUUGGCGUCCCUCAACUUCGUUCAAUGCCUACAGAACAUAAUCACCACCGACUACCGAUCUGUCGGCGUCAUUGUUAUAUCAUGAUUCAACUUUCGCCAUUGAAGAACGAAAUGUCUCUAGAAGGAAGUCAGUCUGACAUAGAACCUAAAACGGCAUUUCGUUAUAUCCAUAUUUUACUCAUCUUGAGAUGUGGGACGCAAAAGCGGGACUCCGGGAUUGGGGAAUCCCGUCGACACCACAAUUCACGGCUCGACCUACAUAGUUCGACUUAUCAAGAUACACGACCGUAGCCCCUUGGCAUAUAGUUCCGAUGUCCGUUGGGUUCUCCAUCGAUCUUCUUGAUGACGCUGGCCCCUGGGGUCUCGAAGCCGGCGGAGAGCCCUUUUCAUAUCGUCGUAGCUUUGAAGCGGAAUUUUACAGCGUUCUUUCUGCAAGUAGUAGUCGAUGCAUCCGUGUGAGGUGGAUCAUAGGUGCACAGCAAUCGGUGAAGGCACACUCUUACCUCAAACGGCUUCUGCAACAUUAUUUGCGGGUUUAGCUCGUCUUUCUCGGUGCCUCUUCACCGAAUGCCGACAAGCAUCGAUCUCUCAGGCUCAUUUGCAGGAAGCUGCUUCCUGGCACCCUCGUUCUAUUUUAUGCGCUCAGGCAUAUGAUUUCUUCACCAGUGACGGGACCGUCGCAAUUCCGUUUGCGGUUUUUUUUCCACAGCAGAAUCAAAUUUGGUACUACAG